CCGAGCACUACGUCGACGCACAGCGGCGGGACAAGGAAAAACUAGCCGAGGCGCGCACUGCCAUCCAAAAAAAAGGAAAUAUAAAAGGAAAAAAACGAUAAAGAAUCGAGCGGAAAAAACGAAAAACGCACUCGAAAGAUACACUUUUCGGACGAAAUGUCUUCGCGGCGUGUGUGUAACAAACAUUUUGAUUAGGCAAUUAAUUGAGCAAAGUGCAAGUGCAGUGGGUGGAAAAUGUUUUAGACUCGGUUCGUUUCGCCAGAUUACGACGGGGUCGGGUGCGGCGGGUGUUCCGGGGGCGCAUGUGAAAAGCGCGUAAAGAAAAGUCAUCAAUAGUCAAUUGUAAUUUAAAGAGUAGGGAAUCAAAGGACCGCAAUGGGCAACGUGUGCAGUUCCGGCCAGAAGAAGAAGAAGGACAAGGACAGUGCCUCCGAGAAGUCAGAUGACUCGCCUCCAUACCAGGAGGCGGAGCAGAAGGACAACCUAAUAUCCACCGACUCAAGUGCUGGCGACGAGAAGCGGGCUCCCUUGGCGGCUGUGGAGGCACUGCCAGAGGUGACUCCACUGCCGGAGGCCAAUGGCAACCAGCCGCAGAAGCAGCAGCAACCCUCGGCCUCGGGCAAGACGGGCGGAGCUGACAAGGAUUCAAAUAGCACAACACCGCAGGGGGCGCAGGCGCCCAGUGACGUGGCCAAUGCCAAUCCCGGAGCCGGAAACCUGAGCGUGCUGCAGGGUAAGCCGCCACCCGGCCGCAAGAUUGAGCGGGACAAAAAGAUCGUGGUCUAUAUAUUGGCCGACAACAGCACCGAGUACAAGAAGCACAAGCGAGUCGUCCACAGCCUUUACAAACACUUCAAAAGCAAGUGCCAAAGUCGUGGCUUCGACUUCAUUAUCGCCGAUGUCCACGACAGCGAGCCGGAAACUGAGCCAGGCAAUGGCAAUGCCCGAAAGGAUUUCUCGCGCCUGCAGGAGGUUAAACGCUGGACCCAAACACCUCUGGAGGCGCAGGGUGGUCACGAGGAGGCGGCCAACUGUCUGUGCGAGAUCACGCGUCAUUCGGCUGGAGCGUAUGUUGUGCCGGUUCUAUUCCUGGGUGCCACCCUAGGAACUCCGAUGCUGCCGCUGACCAUAGAGAGCCAGGAUUUCACCUCAGUGCUGGGCACCGCCAGUGAGGCAGAGCGACUGCUUCUUGAGAAAUGGUACACCAUUGACAACUCAUACCAGCCAAUGUGCCAUCGUCUUCAUGCCCAGCAGGUGGAUCCGUACUCCGGCCAGGCGAACGGUGAACUAAAUGAACUGUUGGCCGUCCUGUUGCGUCUAUUCUCCGAUGACGUUAAGGACUCUUAUCUGACCACCGUGGUGGAGCAGGAGAUCAACAAUACGGUGCUGAUGAGCCAGGAGCUCGCGAAGCGCUGCAUCUGGAUUCAGACGGGCAGUCAGAUGGCUCGGCCGGCAGAGAAUGCUAGCCAAUUAGAACUUGAGGUGCAGAGGAGGAUCAGCCAUGUUUACUCCGGUCUCAAGAGCCAGUUGAGCGAGAAGAACCUAAUCCGGCUGCUGCCCACGAUGAGCAUUUUGGAUGAGGAGUUGUCGGCGGUAAUUGAGAGCCUACUGGACAAGGCGCUAGCUGGAAUCUUCGAGGAGCACCAGCAGAAGAGCAGCAUCCCUUACAACACGCUGGGCGUGGAUCGUGUGCUGCUCGAGGAGCUCCGCCUAGUGGGCCACUACUCGAAGUUGCUUGCCCAGAACUCUGCUAACUUCGACAUUAUGAACGACGUGAAACGCUAUAUUCGGGACAACACCGCCCAACCUCUGGUCGUAUCCGGCGCCCGGGGUAGUGGCAAAAGCGUCCUGGUCUCCAAAAUUAUGGAGAACGUGCACCGCUGGAAGCCGGAGGCCCAGCUCAUACUAAGAUAUGCCAAUCUCAGUGCCCGCUCCUCGGAUCUCACUUCACUGUUAGGUUCAAUGGCAAAUCAGAUGUCGGUCCUGGAGACAGGUCAUCAAUGCCAAGUACCACACAAACUAGAGGCCUAUUCUCGAGUGAUUCGAGAGAUUCUGGACCGACAGCAGCGCUUCUUUGUAUUGAUCAUCGACGGAGUGGAUGAAUUGCAACGGGAUGAACUUCUCGACUGGAUUCCGCAGCAGCUGGGCAGUGCCAAACUGAUUCUCACCAUCAGCGAGGAUGAGUGCGAGGAUGGGGAAGGAACGGAAUCUGAGGAUUCCUUUGAUAUGCUCGCUGCGCUGGCGCAGUUGGGCAUACCACAGAGGUGCUUCCUACGACUGCGACAAUUCACGGAACGCCAAUGGCACGACAUCCUUAGCUCUGGUGGCGGUGAUUUCUAUGCGGCCAAUGGGGCUCUCAAACUACCAGACGAAUGGAAAACGCUGCACGGAAAGACUCCCUACCACGCCAAGUCCUUGUGGUGGCUCGCCUGGCUUGGUCAUGUAGCCCAGCCCAUAAGCGAAAUCGGAGACAUCUCCGGACGGAUACUACAGGUCCUGGAGUCUAAGUUCGCCGCUGAUCAGGUGGAACUCCUGCUGCUUAUCGUCCGACUGUCACCUUGGGGAAUCCGUGAGAGCGACUGCCUGGGCGUGUUCCAGAAAAUGACCCAGUUGGAGGCGCAGGUCGCCUUCAAGGUAUGGUCCAAGUUUUGCUGGCUGAUGGGACCAAUGUUGUUAGGUCUUAAGAAUAUUAGGAUAGCGGACAGGAGCUUUGGACGAGCGGUCCUGGCGAGGUACGCGCAGAAGCAGUGGCUGGUACAUGAAGCGCUGCGGGACUACUUCGACCGGCAGGACAGCGAGUUCAAGGGUAGCCAGGGUGCCAACACCUACAAUUACCAAAAGUACUUAAAACUGCCUUAUCAUCACUUCUGUGCCGUGAUCGAAGAUAAUCCGGCACCGCACAAGAUCGACAUACUCUUCAACUGCUUUUACUUUACGGACCUGCAGUGGAUCGCCAACAAGGUACAUGCUACAGGACCAGAGCACCUGCUUCACGACAUUCUGCAGGCAGAGUGGCUAGCCAAGUCCGGCGGCGACAAUUGCCCCACCGGCUACGUUCACAUCCACUUCCUGAAGCAAUUCCUCGAGCAGUAUCUUCAUGAGCUGAGCUACGAUGGCCAGCAGUUCUACACAUUGAUGAAGUACUAUCUAAAGACACGCUUCAGGGAGGCACCAGAGCUCAAGGAUGACGAGAAGAUACGUUCCUGGUGGGAGUAUACCAACGAGCUGGAGUUUGCAUUUUUGGAGAUUCUGAACGCCGAUCUGGAUGCAGAGAAUGGCAAUCAGGGGCAGGAGAAGCCGUCAGAGGACGAUGCUCCGUCCUCGACACCGGUAAAGGGUUAUGAUGUCCUAAUGAAUUUACCCCAGCCAGGAUGCUAUGUAGCUUCCAUGUGCACAGAGCGCGCUGAGAUCUGCAUCUGGGAUGUUAAGAACUGCUGCCGUAUUCGGGAACUUCAGGGUAUUCAACAGCCAACGGCGAUGUGUCCUGUGGGCAACUACGAGGCUGCAGUUCUUUGCCGUCGCGAGAUCCGUGUCAUCAAUUUGGACGAAGGAAAGUUUAAGGUAACUCUCAAAGGCGUAAUGAACCAAAAGAUGCCAUAUUUCGGUUUGCACGAUCAGAACCACUUGGUUUGCUUGUCUCGGAACCGGAUGUAUGUUAAUCUCAUGAAUCUGGAAUCGGGAGACUGUGUGACAACUUUCAAGGCGGGCGAAGACCGCUUCCUCAAUUCCCUUUUGGUCUCUGGAGACGGACGGAUAUUGGUUUGCGGUGAUGAGACCCAAAAACCCUUCCCGCUGCUCGUCUGGCAUCUUUCGCAGCGCAAGUUGCUCUAUGACCUCCGAAUCCCCCAUCAUGACUUUAUCACCUCUCUGUCGGCGAUUACCCACGAGGGCUCCUACGUUUGCGUUGUGGCCAAGGAGCUAAAUGAGCCAACAACGCCCAACUUUAUUGUGGUAUACGAUUUGCAAAGCGGCACUCUGUUCAAGAAGUGGAAGCCGGCCUGCAAUACCGUCUCCCUGGCCAUCUCCCAGGUUAACGCCUGUGUAAUUGCCGGCUUAGAAGAUGCCAAGAUCCUGAUCUGGGAUCUCGUAACGGGCAACUGCAAGAGCACAUUGAUCGGCCACAACGCUCCCGUGACAUUCUUGAAGCUGGAUCCACUGGGCAAGGUGCUGCUGUCCUAUGACAAAGAGGGCCGAGACUCUGCCGUUCGCAUGUGGGAGUUGAACUCGGCCAAAUCCCUAGCCGUGUUCAAGCCGCCGGCACAGGUCAGCACCUGUGAGAUCCUUCCAAACGGUGCCUACGUGGUUCUGGCACUCAAGGAUCGCAACUCCUUGUUGACCUUAGCUUUGAAGAAUUAUGGCGGGGGAUCAGUUGACGCCCUAGACGAUGACUGCGGCACUCUUUACGGCAAUCCGGACAACCAGCACAAAGUUUUCGACUUGAGUAAUUAAAUCAAUUAACGCUAGUUAUCAUUAUUCAAAUUAUAAAUGAAACCUAUCAGGGGGAGAGCCCAAGAAAAGUCGAACUCUGAAUUAUUAUAAAUAUGGCAAACAAAUUUCUCAUGCAUAAUUCAUUAGAUGUAUGUAAAAUUCUUUGAGCAAAUCUUACCAAAUGUACAAAGCAAAGGAAAUCCAAAGAAAAUUAAAAAUUUAAAAAUCUA